UCAAGCAACAAAUGCUGUAAUGAGUUCGCCAGAGGGUUUGACUAAAUUUCAAGAUUUCACUCGGGUAGCUUUGAAUAUCUUUGCAACAGUUGGAAUUGACCCUUUCGAAACUCUGCAGAAUCAUGGACUACUUUAUAAUUUUUUUAAAUGGUUUAUUUUUCAUCUGGGACGUUGGAAUAUUGUUUAUUCGGUUUUUGGCGAAUUUGUAUAUCUCGUGAGCUCAUUCGGACGUUCUGCAAGCUUCUUGGAAAUUACUGCAGUAGCUCCUUGUAUUGUGUUUUGUCUAAAAGUGUUGGGGAAGUUCCAAACAAUUUUGCAAAAUGCGAAACCUUUAACACAUUGCGUUCGGGAAUUGGAGAGCAUCUUUCCACAGACAGUUGAAGUGCAAAAUGAAUUUUGUUUACAAAAAUACGUGAAGCAUAUGAGAACGAUUAUUAAAUAUUAUGUGAUAUUCUGCAUGUCGGCCAUUUGGGUGUUUAAUUUGUAUGAGGUGUGCUUUUCGGCAUUUGAAUAUUAUUUCGUGUCGGGUGCCUUCGAAAAGGACUUACCUUUUUUGAUAUGGUACCCAUUCAGUACAGAGAACCAUUGGGUUUAUGGUGCUGUCUACUUUCACCAGAGUUACGCAGGAUACGUGGCCGUUUGUGUGCUUGUGGGAACUGAUUAUGUGAUGUGUUCGAUUAUUAUUCAAAUUAUAAUGCAUUUCGACUACAUAUCGCGGCAGCUUUCAAAUAUGGUACCCAUGGGAGAUAAUAAGGAUGAUAUCCACUUGGCGAGGAUUAUAAAGCAUCAUAUCAGAAUUCUCAGAAUUUCAGAUGAUAUCAACAGGAUAUUCAGCGUAUCAAUUUUAUUCAACUUUGUUUCCUCCACCAUCACAAUAUGUUUAACAGGAUUUCAAGUCACUGCUGGAGCUAGCCUCGGGGACCUAGUCAAAUAUUUUGCAUUUCUCACCUAUGAACUCGUUAACAUUUUCCUGAUUUGCUACCAUGGAACCAUUUUCAUUGAAGCGAGUGUUAAUGUAAGUCACGCAGCCUACAAUCAACAAUGGUUUUCAGCCGAUGCGAAAUAUAAGCGAAACUUAUUAUUCUUGCUUAUGAGGGCGCAGAAAGCAGCCGUUUUAAAUGCCUCAAGUUUUUCAAUUGUUUCACUGCAAAGUUUCCAGAAGAUUAUGAGCACAUCUUAUCAAUUUUUUGCCCUUUUGAGAACAUUUUAUAAGAAAUAAUCAUUAGUGUUUUUGGUAUCAGGGGGGAAAAUCGGCAGAAGGGAACGGAGUUGAAUAUUUGUAUGCUUAGUAUAAUUUGUCUACUGUUAAAAUUGGAACUUACAGCUUAUAUGAAAUAAAGAUA